AUGGCGCAGUGGGUGGAGCUACGGGCGGUGAGCGAGCCGGUGGGGAUGCUGCGCGUUGCGGGGGCGGUGCUAACGCUGAUCGCCUUCAGCCUGGCGGCGGCGGCGGGCCAGACUGGCCCACACGUCGGGGCGUCCACUGCGGGCUCCUACUGGGCCUGGUGCCUGUUCUGCUGGGUCUUCUGCUGCCUGCUGUCCCUGCUCAUCCUGCUGCUGGAGCUCACACGCGUCACAGAACAGCUGCAGGUGAGCUGGGACGACUUCAAGGCCGGCUUCGCCAUGCUCGCCGCGCUCAUGCUGCUCACCGCAUCCAUCAUAUACCCCGCCGUGCUCUUCACCUGCAAAACAGCCUGCGCACUGCAGGCGUCAGCCACGGUGAUGUCGCGGCUGAGUGUGGUGUACGUCUCUGCUACGGUGAUGUCCUGGCUGAGCGUGGCUCCGUACGUGGGCCAGGUGGUGCUGUUGCUACGGCAACAGCAGCAGGUGAGCGGCUUCCUGUCCACGGUGCCGGGUCGCCUGAAGAUCGUGGAGACGCUGGUGGCCUGCGUGCUGUUCGCCGCACUCGACCCGAAACACUACGAUCUCGACCCAGAAUGCUACGGUCUCUGCUACGGUGAUGUCCUGGCUGAGUGUGGUGUCUCUGCUACGGUGAUGUCCUGGCUGAGCGUGGCUCCGUACGUGGGCCAGGUGGUGCUGUUGCUACGGCAACAGCAGCAGGUGAGCGGCUUCCUGUCCACGGUGCCGGGUCGCCUGAAGGUCGUGGAGACGCUGGUGGCCUGCGUGCUGUUCGCCGCACUCGACCCCAAACGCUACGGUGUUUCGGGUCCGUUGCAGUGGUGCGUGGCGGCGUACUCCCUGUGCUUCAUUGGCGCGCUGGCCAUCAUCAUCCUCACCCUCUCCGCCCGCCUGCCCCCACGCCUGCCCUUUGACCCCAUCGUGUGCACCUACAACGUGCUGGCCGCGUGCUGCUACAUGAGCGCUGCCGUAGUCUGGCCGCUCUACGCCUUCCAGGGCAUCGGGCGGCCGUCGUGUCCCGGUGUCGGCGGCUCAUCUGCCGCCUGUUUGGACUGGGACGCCCUGGUGGUCGUCACGUUCAUGACCAUCAUCAACCUCAUCCUCUACCUGCUGGACUCCGCCUACUCCAUAUAUGUGGUGGUGAUGCAACGACGUGAUAACUGAAAUCUAAAAGACACAGCACACACUGCACACAACAAAAUUGCAUUUAUGCCUCACCUGAACAAGAGCAAACUAGACAC